ACUGUGUGGAGUCAAAGAUAAAAGCGCGAUUUAAGUGUUUCCCCUACAUUCAAGUGAACCUCGAGGAAACUUUUUUUUAAAACGGUUUUUACCGAAUUUGGAAGAAAAUGACUUGCAGAAGAGGUGCUUUAAUUGUGCUGGAAGGAGUUGACAAGGCUGGGAAAACUACGCAAUGCAAGAAAUUGGUUCAAGCGUUGCAGGAAAGCGGAAGACCAGCAGAGAUGAUGAGAUUUCCCGACAGAACUACAAAGAUUGGUCAUCUGAUCAGCUCCUACCUGGAGAGAAAGAGCAACUUGGAGGACCACACGGUUCAUCUGCUGUUCUCCGCCAACCGUUGGGAGCUCGUGCCAGAGAUGAAGGAGAAGCUGGAACAGGGGAUCAGCCUUGUGGUGGACCGCUACGCAUUCUCUGGUGUGGCAUUUACCAGCGCCAAACCAGGCUUCAGUUUGGACUGGUGCAAAGGCCCAGACGUGGGCUUGCCGAAGCCCGACCUGGUGAUGUUUCUGAAGCUCAACCCUGCUGAGGCAGAGGGCCGUGGGGAGUUUGGGACGGAGCGGUAUGAGACCACCGUCUUCCAGCGGACUGUCCAGAGCAGGUUUGAGCAGCUGAUGAAGGACCCUUCAGUCAACUGGCAGGUUAUUGAUGCAGCCAGGUGCAUAGAUGAUGUACACACAGACAUAAAGGAACACACAGUGAACGCCAUCAAUAAGGUGGAGGAGCAACCUCUCGGAGACCUGUGGAAAUGAAUGGGAGGCUCCGCUAAUCGCAUGCAGUAUGCAUGAAGCUCUAUGUAGAGCAUGUAUUUAUUAUCUAU